CCAAAGAACAGGAUGCAAACACGUCGACAGAACCUCCUGAGAGUAUGGAACGCGCUGAAACAUUUUGGCGUAGCUAUCGUCCUACAAGUCUAAAAGGCAUUCAUAUACCUCUAACAUUCCAUCUCACUGGCGCUUAUGGUGGAAAUUCUGGUACUGGGGCUCUUUCGAGUGGAUAUAUGAGCAUACCCGACGGUUAUGGCAAUCGGGGCAAAGGUGGUCUUGCUGGCAGUGGUUACAGGGCCUAUGGAAGCCACCCUGGUGUGCGAGUUUAUGGGAAUGACGCAAAACCAGCAUGGGGAGGAUGGGGAAAUGGAAAAUGGGGGCAUUAUGGUAAAGGAUAA